AUGGGCAAGUCUGGCUCGGGCAAGACGUCCAUGCGCUCGAUCAUCUUUGCCAAUUAUUUGGCGCGCGAUACGAUGCGUCUGGGUCCUACUUUGGACGUGGAGCACUCGCACGUGCGCUUUCUGGGCAAUUUGGUGCUGAACUUGUGGGACUGCGGCGGCCAAGACGCGUUUUACGAAAACUACUUUGAGAGCCAACGCGACCACAUUUUUCGAAGCGUCGAGCUGCUGAUCUACGUGUUUGACAUUGAAAGCCGCGAAAUUGACAAAGACAUGGCUCACUUUGACGGCUGUCUGGAAGCCAUUGACCAGAAUUCCAGCAACGCAAAGGUGUUCGUUCUGAUCCACAAGAUGGAUCUCGUGCCAGAAGACCAGCGGGAGCGGGUGUUUGAUCAAAAAAAGCAAGUGAUCUUGGAACGGACCGGUCAGCUUCCGACGGUGUGCUUUGGCACAUCCAUUUGGGAUGAAACCCUGUACCGCGCGUGGUCGUCUAUCGUGUACUCGCUGAUCCCGAACAUGCAGGAUCUAGAAAGGCACCUAAACAACUUUUGCUCGAUCUGCAGUGCUGACGAAGUGGUGCUGUUCGAACGUGCAACGUUCCUCGUGAUUUCGCAUGCCACGCAUACCAAUCAUCGCGACAUCCACCGCUUCGAGAAGAUCAGCAACAUUAUCAAGCAGUUUAAGCUGAGCUGCAGCAAGACUCAGGCGCAGUUCCAGGGAAUGGAGGUCCGGAACUCAAAUUUUACGGCCUUCAUUGACUUUUUUACCGCGAACACGUACAUCAUGAUCAUCAUGUCCGACGACUCAAUCCAACCGGCAACGAUCCAACUUAAUAUCAAGGCAGCCCGCCCCGUGUUCGAGGAACACGUGCAGCAGACGAGCUGA